AUGGUCGCGGUGUCGCUUCUCUUCUGUUCUAGCAACUCACACGCUGAUCCUCCUGGUGGCAGUCGGCCGAAACACAUUUGCGAUAUCUGCGGUAAGGAAUAUAAGGACAAAUACAUUCUUGCGGCGCAUAGGAAUAUUCACACCACAACGCGAUUUUUCGAGUGUGACAUAUGUGGUAUAAUGUGUAAGACUGCCAAUAUACUACGGCAGCAUAAAAUUUCCAUACAUACGUCGGAAAAAAAAUUCGCUUGUGACGUAUGCGGUAAAGCUUUCCACACGAACAGUCAGCUAACGCGGCACAUGCUACUGCACAGCUCGGAACGCCCGCACCGAUGCCCGGUUUGUGGAGAACAUUUUCAAGUUCGAUGUAAGCUGACGCGGCAUAUGAAGAAUCAUCACAGCGUUCCGUUCGAAUGCGACCUCUGCAAGGCAUCCUUUAAGUCACGCAGUGGCCUGCAGGGUCAUCGGGACAAAAAACACACAUCCGGUAAUCGAAAAUACCCCGGCCGGAAAUACGCUUGUGAUAUCUGUGACCGAAAAUGCACCAGCAGAGAUAUUCUCAUCUGUCAUUUGAGAACACACACCGGAGAGCGACCGUUCGGGUGUGACCUAUGUCACAAAACUUUCAUCAGACGCGCACAACUUAAUUAUCAUAGAAUCAAAACGCACACACAGGAAAAGAAUUUCAAAUGUCCAGAAUGUGGUAAAAAUUUUCACUUGAAAGCACAAUUAACACAUCAUCUGAAAACACAUAACCCGUAUCGCGAAUUCAAGUGUCUGAUAUGCGGAAAAGUCUAUAAAAAUAGAUGUACGCUCGUUGAUCAUAUGCAUCGCCACACCGGUGAGGGAGAAUGCAGCUGCGACAUCUGUGGUGCAUCGUUCGAAUCACGUGCUAGUUUACUUCAGCACAAGAAAAUCCACACAUCCACACCCGUUGACCCAAAACCUUUCAAAUGUGAUCAAUGUAGUUCUGCAUUUAUGCACAAGGGUAGUCUCAGUUAUCACAAAAAGAAACGCUGUCCAGCAAGUUCCCAAAUGCACCAAACUGACGAAUUCAAAUGUGACGUAUGCAGUAAAACUUUCAUGUCAAAUUAUGCACGGAAGGUUCACCGUAUUUCAAAACAUACGACCGAGAAGAACUUCAAAUGCGACAUUUGCGGCAAACAGUACCACAUGUUAGGGCAAUUGGAGAGACACCUGAAAUUGCACAGCUCGGAGCGGUCGCAUAAAUGCAAUUUUUGCGAAGAGGAAUUCCCCACCAAUAAUAGGCGUAUGAAACAUAUGAGCAGCGUUCAUUGCGAUGAACGGUGGCAUAAAUGCGACAUGUGCAGUCUGUCGUUUAGAACCAUCCCUGGAAUGAAUCUUCACAGGAGAAAACAUCUACAGAUGGAGGACAGUUUGAAGCAGGACGCCGAACAGCGAGAGAGCAGCACACAGGUUGACGCACCUAUCUUAGAUGCAAACUGUGCUGAAGUAGUUGGUCCAAGUAAGGGAAAACCUCAUUCAGACAGUGAACUCGUUGAUUCCUAG